AUGGCUGAUAGCAAUUAUACAUCAUUUGGCUCGGUUUUUGCUUCUGGUAUUCAAGAUGUAGCAGCUGUCGCAGGCGUGUUUGGAACAGAUAUCUGCGAUACAAAUGCUGGACUGGCGUUGACUAUGGGGUAUUUGUUUCCGGCUGCAUGUGGCAUGUCAAUGUUUGGAGCACUUGGGCUUGCAAAGUAUAUUCUAAAGUCGUCUCUUCCUCCAAAUAUUGCCAAAAAUUUGGGCAUUGAAAUCAUAAAAUUUGACAAGUACAGGAUAGACAAAGUGAUACACGACAUAAUAAAUGAAUUGCCGCCAAAUAAAAAAGAUCGCUUGCAUGAACAAAACGUCAGGAUACGUAUACGUGUGCCAAGCUAUGGUAGAUCCACCUGGAUAGGCGCUUUUGCUUCAUGCUUUCUUUUAUCUUGCUUCAACUUUAUACCAUACGUGCCUCACUAUAGAACUUUAUUACUAUACCCUGAAGAUCCCUCUGAUUCAUCUGACCCAUAUAUAUAUUACCCCCUUCUCUUGACAUUCUCUAGCUUUGUGGCAACCUUCGUCUGCUGGUUUGACGCUGCGAUCAUGCUAUCAGGAUCCCCUUUACUUUAUACCAUUAAACGCUCUGAUAUGAAACUAUUCGAGCCUUACCACUUUGGAAGUCUGUUUGCCCGACGCAUUGGUUAUGUUAUAGGCCUUCUUGCAGCUAUAGGCAUUGUCAUUGGCUAUAUUGGCUCGUACUUGGUUGUCCAAAAGAUGACACCGACGGAUACCUACUACUGGCUAGGGCUUGAGUUUAUAAUGUGCUUCUUACGUUUGGCGAUAUGGUCAUGGAAUACAGAAAAAGAUGAGUUGAAUGUGGUAAAUCUACGGUAUAAGAUAGACAGAAGUGAUGAAGGAGUGAUCAGGCAAAUAAGAGAUUUACCGUUGUCAGCAAGUGAACAAACAGAUGUAAUCAGUAAGCUUAAGACUGGCGGUUACUUUAUCCAAUCUGAAAUAGCGGAUGUCUACUAUCAAGCAAGGUGUUAUAUACAUGACUUUUGCUUCCGUAACUUUAAUGAUCUUCGUAUCUACCGUGGCUUCACCUCCUAUGACAUCGUUUCGAAGCCAAGGUACUAUAUACUAUGGAACAACAGUGUGCUCAAUCCACAAAAGAUUCUUGUGGUUCAUGAUCUCAUAGGUUCGUUGACCGAACUCCAAACUAGAAGAGUCAGUUAUGUGAAAAUUCCAUCGAUAUCUUGUUGGACUUAUUACUUUACAGAAAGCGAAUUCGAACCAUUGACAGAAGAACAAGUAGGUGCUGCAAUGCUCGAUAAACUGAAAUCAGAAAUGGACGCUAUUGCUCCAUGGAUAAGUUUUGUUACUUCACGCAAGCAGUUUGACCCUGAGCUCGAAGAAGAUGAACAGAUGUACAAAGAUAUAGAAUUGAAGCCUCAGCAGGCUUGA